AUGGGUCGCAUCCAAGGAGUUGUUCUAAUAACAGGCGCAAAUCGUGGGUUAGGACUGGAAAUGACUCGAUCCUUGUUGGCUAUGCCUGAUGUAUGUAGAGUAUACGCUGGUUGCCGUCACGAGGAGACACCUGAGAAACUUCGCAACUCGAAUGAUCCUAAAAAGAAACUUCGUAUUGUAGAACUGGAUGUUUCAAAAGGUUUGUCUGUGACUUACGCAAGCACUCUAAUAAAACGGUUUUAUUUCUUUGAGGACAAUUUCUUUAAUAUAUUGAAGAUUUAUAUAAUUUUUUAGAC